AUGGCAAACAAAACAGUCGAUAAUGCAUGGGAAGAAAGGUGGAAAGAAGGUAGAACAGGCUGGGAUCAAUCGCAUUCACAUCUAUCACUCGUAUCGCUGUUGGGAUCGGAUUUAACAGACGAACUGGGUAUACCGAAAAAGGGCAAGGCGCUGGUACCUGGUUGUGGGACUGGUUAUGAUGUGUAUACUUUCGCUUCGAGAGGCUUAGAUGCUGUUGGACUGGAUCUGGCUCCGACAGGUGUGGAAAAGGCUAGAGAGUGGCUUAGCAAACAACCAUCAACGAGCGGAUCAACUCAGGUCGUAUGUGCCGACUUCUUCAAUUAUCAACUACAGGAGGAGUAUGACUUGAUAUAUGAUUACACCUUCCUAUGUGCCAUACCUCCGGCUUUGCAUCACUCUUGGGCCUCUCAACUCAACAAGUUGAGUAACUCUAACGCUCGACUCAUCACACUUAUGUAUCCCCUUCCACCCGUCAGCAAUGAACCUCCGCCAUGGCCGUUGACGGUCGAGAAAUACCAUGAGCUACUGGAUGGACACUGGGAGAUGUUGUGGGACCGAGAAGUGCCAUCGGACGAGAUGAGGACUAGUGGAGCUAAAGGUGGAGAGAGACUAGCAGUCUGGAGAAAGAGGCACUGA